UUGGGGAGUAGACAGAAAAGCAACAAGAGCAGAAGUCACUUCAGAGCAGAAACAGAGAGAGAGGGAGAGAGAAAGGUAAAAUACAACAUUUAACUAAUGCUUGACUUAUAUAAUGUUCUGAAAUGUAAAGGCUUAUGUAACCAUCUUUGCCUCAUUCCUGGCUUUGCUGGUGAAGGGAAGGUGUGAGAUGUAAAUCGAUUCAGAGCUGCUGCUUGUUCUUGUAAAAGAGCAACUCAAGGAAAAUCUGAACAGGCAGCAUCCUUUAUUAAGACGAUGAUUUCGAUGGUAGACUGUCCUCUGGUUCCGUUACUGUAUUUUCUGUGUCAGGUUCGUUGGAGGAAGAAGAAGAAGAAGAGAUGUUUGUUCUCAUCUGGGCGACUCUGCUUUUCUCUGUGAGACUCAGUGAUGCUGAGACAGGUUCUUCAGUGUGGGGGAAACAAAGUUGUCCGUUGACAGAUUACUGUAUCACUCUAGUUGAAGGAGAAAUAACAGCGGAGGCCGGACUCUGUGUCGUGAUACCAUGCUCCUUCACUGUUCCUGAGAAUAUCAAAGUCUUACAUAUAGUUUGGUUGAAAUGUGAAUCGACCAAACAGAGAUGUGGUUAUGGAGAAAUGAUUUUCAACAGUAACACCUCCAGCGAUCAGGUUCAGUCGGAGUUUAAAGGACGAGUGUCACUGCUGGAGUCUGAUGUGAGCCAAAAAAACUGCAGCAUCAUCGUCAAUGACCUGAAGGAGUCGGACUCUGGAACAUAUCAACUCAGAGUUGAAGCUUCACCGAGGAGAGGUUCAUAUAAAUUCUCCCAAAGAGCAACUGUCUCUGUUCAAGGUCUGAGUCAGAGGCCCACAGUGAUGAUUCCACCUCUGACUGAAGGACAGCUGACCACACUGACCUGCACUGCUCCUGGUCUCUGCUCUGGAUCUGAACCUACAUUCACCUGGAGGUGGCGAGGAAGAGGAGAGAGCGACGCUGAACUCACAGGAAACAUCACGGCCUUCAAAACUGAGAAUGUGACUGAGUUCGCUAAGAGAAGCAGCUCGACUCUGUCCUUCUCCCCUUCAGCUGAACAUCACAGAACCAACAUCACCUGCAGGAUCCUCUUCCAAGGACACGUGAGCACAGAGGAGACGGCGACUCUGAGUGUGAGCUGUGAGUAGAGCUACUUCAUUUCUGAGGGGGGGUAUUUUUACAACAAGAAACUUUGUUCUUAACCACAUUAUAUGACUGUGCAACGUGUGUUUAUCUAUCGUAGAUGUGAAGGAAGUCAGAUUAACCCAAAAUGUGUUAGUGAGGGCGAGACUCUGACUCUGAAGUGCACUGUUGAAGGUUUCCUUCCAUCGCGGAUCACAUGGACUAAUGCACUUGUGAUGGUGAAUGGAUAAACAAGGAGGAUAUAUUCUACAUUACUGUGUAUAAAGUAAAUACUGAUCAGACGUGCUGGUUCCAAAAAGAAGAAAACAUUACUCCACAAUAUGAUGUCAUUCAAAAUAAGGUUUAGCAAACCUGAUCAGAAAUAAGUAAAAAAAUGGAACACUUACCUAAAAUCAGUGGCUGUUAGGGUUAACCCUUUGCUAGGAAGAGAAAUUGCUGAGAGAAAAAUUGAAAGUUUCAUCAGGAGAAUCUAAAGCCAGUUCCUUUUUAUCUUUUAUUGUUUCAAUGCCCAUUAACUGGUGUGAAAAUACGUUUCAAAACACACACACAUCACGGAGUCGGCAGAGAAGCAGGAGCUUGACGGGAGGAGCUCCGUGAUGCUGAGCUGCUUCAGUCACAGCUUUCCCCCAGUCCAACACUACUCAUGGUACAGGAAGAGUCAGGGAGAGGAACAGGAUGAACUUGUGUCCAAGCAUCAAAACCACACAGUGUACUCAAACCAGUCAGGAGUCUACUACUGCGUCGCAGAAAAUGAAGUAGAUCAAAGUUUGUCUGAUCCCGUCCAUCUGUUUGAACGUGAGUGAAUUUCAAGACCUUAUAACUGUGUGUUUUAUUGUUCAGGAGACAUGUGGUGGUUUAUAUCAGAUCAUGUUUUCUGGUUGUCCAUCUGUACAUCCCAUUUCCUGCAUCCUUCGCACAAAAACAAAAUAAGAAUCAAGGAGUAAAUGAUUUGAUUUCGGUAGCCAAAGGUGAAGCUCGAUAUGAUGCUCUCUCUCUUUUAGCCACAGGAAACUCUCUGCACAUCCUGAAGUUCCUCGUUCCUGCUCUAUUUGUCCUGAUGAUUAUCAUUUUAAUCGUCAUAGUUUUAAGACUCAGGAGGAAAAAAUCUAUUCAACAAGGAACAAAAAACACCAAAUCCCCUUCUGGUUUUUCGGAGCAGUUGAGUCGUCCAGACGCCCCUGAACACCAGCCUCUUCCAGACAGCACGUACGACCACACCCACUCAACACACUGUCCCCACCCAGGACAAGGAUCAUCAUGUGGGACAGAGUCAGACAUGGACUGCUGCUCAUGCUGGAGUCAAAGCAUCCAUUUAUUUUCUAUAUCCUCCGACAUGAAUAGCACAAUGAAAGUCUGCCCUGUUAUUUUUUUAAGUCAUUCACUCUGUAUGCAUAUGUUUAUUCUUACAUAUCUUUUAUAUUCCACAGGCCUCCGACCGACAUCAACCUUGUUUACAGCAUUUUGAAUCUGCCCCAGGUGAGUCCCAGGUUGAGACAACACUUUAAACUAGAAAACAAUAAGUUAAAACAGUCUUUAAACAGAGACUUUAGUAAAACUCAAGAAGAUUUAUAUUAAAAAGAGUUUAAUUCAAAGUGUCUAGUCAUGGUGGCCUGUUGUCAGAACCGUGUCUUAGCACAAUAGAUUUUUUAAUUAUUUAACAACCAGUUGUUGAAACUUCAACAUUUAUAUCUAAUUGGCUUUAUGUAUAUUGAAAUCAUAGGAAACAGUGAUUAAGGAGAGUACAAGUUUAACAUUCAGGAUAUUUAAGCCUCUGCCUCAUCACUUCUGACCUGUUACAGCUGUAAAACUACUGAUUCUUCCAAAUACUCUAAAGCAAAUCUAGAUAUAUCUACUUAACAAAUCUAGAAAAAUCUCUGUAAAAAACAACAAAAAUGGUUGAUUUUCAGUGCUUACGAAUUGAAAACAAAAUUAAAAUGCAGUUUGUAGUUGUACUGCAUCUCAGAACCAUAUGUACAUCAAUAUAUAACCUUCAUGACUUAAAUGUACAGACAUGUAGCUGACAUGUUGAGAGAACGUUAAAGUAAAGGUGAUCAAUAACAAUCAUGGUUUAUGCCAACUGUAGGGGCGUGCUUAGGCCCGAUUUAAGCUGGUCUAUUCAUUCUGUUGGGAGAACUGCUACUCGAUAGACGUAAGUGUUAUAACUCUGCUAAGAAAUUGUUUCUCAACCAGCGAACGUGGUAAAGUUGACUGUUAUUGCAAUUAAUUGUUUUGGCUAUUAUGCCAAUUCAUUUUUCUCAUUACAAAGUAUUUGUUUUUCACUCUUUUGUUUUAUUUUAUAUUGUCAUUAUUAAUGCUGCCCUUUUGGGCCUUCUUUUUGGGAAAACAAAAAUUCCCAUCACACAAACUACAUCUCUAACACCUCCUGAGAGUUUUUCUACCUAUGUCAACCGCUCUUGUACAUCUCUCUUUAACACGCAUGCACAGGGGAAAACUACCUGCAGUUUCUAGCCCCAAGCCGGUUUCAAGGUUCCCCUCAUCGCCUUUAUAUUAUUUUAGAUAUAUUUCUCUUAUUUUAGAUAUUUUUCACGAUAUUCAAGAGUAAUCUGGAAAUGUGUUGAAAUAUCAAAGUUAAUUUCGCAGACCCUCUGCAAUGCCGUCACGGACCACCAGGGGGCCGCAGACCCCUGUUUGAAAACCCCUGCUCUAAAGUCAUAAUUUCAAUCAUAUGUUAUCAAAUAUGUUUUAAUGGUGAUAUUACAAAGCAUCCAAAGUCCCAGAAUCUGUUAUUUGUUUUAUUUUGAGAACACACGAUGCAAGGAUCUGAAACAAGACAACAACAUGUGCACAUCAUUUUUAAAAAUUAUGAAUAAAUAAUCUAUCAGGAUAUCUUCAACCCCUCAAAUUGACCAUGUAGAGCUACUGCCUUCCAUCUUCUAUCAUCAGUAUUAAUCUGGCUCUACAGGCAGAUGUGUCUUGUACUGUUCAAGCUGUUGCUUUUCCCUCCUUGUUCUUCCAUAUCCUGCCCUCACUGUUUGUCCUGUCAGUAGCUCUCUAUCAGUGCACUUAUAUCUCAGUAUACUGGGGCCAGUGAUUAAAAGAUAACCUGUACAGCAUCCAUUUUAGAGCAUGAAUGAAGAGAUUCAGUUGCUGCUUGAUAAUCACUGAUGUUUUCUGUCUGCAUCUGCUCAGGCUGCCUCUGCACAAAACCACACAAGACGGCAAGCUGGAAACACCGAGGAGGAUUCUGUCAACUACGCUCCUCUGAACUUUAAGAAUAAUCUGAAGAAGAAGCAAAGAAAGGUGGAAGAAGACUCUGUGUAUGCGAAGGUGUCCAAGCCAACACGAGUUAAAAAGGUCAGGAACCGUGACCUCUCAUUUCUUUAUAUCAGUCCGUAUAUUUUGCUAUUAGGUGAAUUUAAUCCAGAAAUUGUAGCACAAAUAAUCUAUAAACUACCUUCACUCUCAUCCUAGAAUGAACCAGAGAGCCUGCAGGACUAUGAUGACAUUAGUGAUGCAGCUGCACGUGCACCAACAUCUCCAACUCUAUUUGACGACCACACCAGUGAAGGUGAAGUGGAGCUGAACUUUCCACAGGUGAGAUUCACAGGGACGCCCCGACGUCAGACGACCAACAGAGACUCCAGCAGCUCACACCAAGAUGAGAGUCUUUACUCUAACGUCAGGAUUUGACCGAGAUGUUCUCGUCCUGCUUUUUACAGCUACCUCGGGCCUGAGGAAGUUUAUAUUCACAAUAAGUCAUCACAGAGAGUCUGAAGCGUUCAUGUGUUAAACCGUGUUGCCAUUUGGAGUAUUUUAAAACUAGUUAGCAAGAAGACACAGAAGUUACAUUACUGAGCUAAAAUAUAAUAUAUCAAUAUUUAAAACUGUUAAUUAAAGGUUCUGGAGAAAAUAGUGAACAAAGCUAAAUGUGAGGGAUAAACGGUUAAAAUCCUUAUUUUGAAACUUAAAAUGUAAAUAAUGUGAGUGUAAAAUGGUUGUAUAAUUAACUUUUUAUAUAAUCUAUAAAUGACAUGCAGUUAGAUAAGAAAUGCUGAGAAUAACUGCUGAAUGUUUUUUUUUGUGCUUUCCAGUGUUGUGAACUUAAUCCAAACCCACACACAUGAAAUGUAAAUAUCCUGUUGCUCAAAAUAAAAUGAAAUAUGUUUGAACAAAUUA